UCAAGCCCUGGGAGGUGACUUUUGGGAGAGCUGCCUGGAAACAAAAGUGAAACUUAGUGCCCCAGACAAGCAGGGGCAAGCCUGCUAAGGAAGCUGUGGCCAGAAGCACAGAUCAGUCCUCCUGGCCAACAACGACCUCUCCUUGGAGGGUCUCCCUCACCAAGGAGAGGGGUCCAAGUGAACAGAAAGAGUUGGGUUUGGCUGGCCGCAGUGGCUCACGCCUGUAAUCCCAACACUUUGGGAGACCAAGGUGGGUGGAUCACCUGAGUUCAGGAGUUCGAGACCAGCCUGGCCAACAUGAAACACGAUGGCUCUGCUAACAGCCAAAACAUUCAGCUUACAGUUUAACAACAAGCGCCAUGUCAGCAAGCCUUACUACCCGAGGAAGGCCCUCUUGUGUUACCAGCUGACGCCGCAGAAUGGCUCCACGCCUACCAGAGGCCACUUACAAAACAAGAAAAAGCACCAUGCAGAAAUUCGCUUUAUUAACAAGAUCAAGUCCAUGGGACUGGACGAAACCCAGUGCUACCGAGUCACCUGUUACCUCACAUGGAGCCCCUGCCCCUCCUGUGCCCGGGAGCUGGUUGACUUCAUCAAGGCUCACAACCAUCUGAACCUGAGCAUCUUCGCCUCCCGCCUGUACUACCACUGGCGCCCGCACUAUCAGGAGGGGCUGCUGCUUCUGAGUAGAUCCCAGGUCCCAGUGAAGGUCAUGGGCCGCCAAGAGUUUACUGACUGCUGGGAAAACUUUGUGGACCACGAGGAACCGCCUUCCUUCAACCCCUCUGAGAAGUUAGAGGAGCUAGAUAAAAACAGCCGAGCCAUAAAGCGACGGCUUGAAAGGAUAGAGCAGUCCCGGAGUGUGGCUGUUUUAGAGAAUGGCUUAAGAAGUCUGCAGCUUGGACCCGUAACCCCCUCAUCGUCAACACACAACUCAAGAUGACUUUCCCUGGGGCAUGUCAGUUGCCUCAUAGCCUGCUGGUCCUGUGGGCAAGCACCAAGCUCCACAGUGCCAGUUUCUUGCCCCAAACCUGGCCCCAUCCAAGUACAGAAGACCUUUCUUUCCUCCUUUUUCCAUAUUGCUUUUCUGUUCUAAGUGGGUUAAUAAUUUUAUAAUUGAAAAAGUAAAGAUAAUUUUAAAGUCUGUAAAUCCGGCCGGAUACGGUGGCUCAUGCCUGUAAUCCUAGCACUUUGGGAGGCUGAGGUGCUCAACCAAUAAAUUUCUAUUGUUUAUGAA